AGUCUCAAACCAAUCCCAGAUUCUCAGCCUCAUGAAAUGAAAAAAAAAAAAAAAGAAUACAAAUUUUGAUUCCAUUUUUGUCCAAAGCAUAAACUUUUGUUUUCCUCAUAAACAAAAGAACACAACUUUUUUUUGUUAAAUUUUGUCGUCGAAACAAGAAUGAAUCUAUUUGGCACGAAAUCGAAAGUUGGAUGAAAGCAAAAACAUUGUGUAAUGGCGAUUCAUGAAGAAAUCGAGAUAUCAAGAACACAACAAGACCCUCCUUGCACUUCUAACGCAUCUCCGUCAUCUCAAGAUCACCGUUUCGAAAAGCUUCGCGGUGUCCGAUGGCGAAUCAACCUCGGAAUUCUCCCGUCUUCUCCUUCCUCCACCAUUGACGAGCUUCGAAGAGUAACCGCUGAUUCCAGAAGAAGAUAUGCUGCUUUGAGAAGACGACUUUUAAUUGAUCCACAUUUGCCCAAGAAAGGAGGAACCACUUCUUCAGAUCUAACUAUUGAUAAUCCUUUAUCACAAAAUCCUGAUAGUACUUGGGGAAGGUUCUUUCGUAACGCAGAGCUCGAGAAGACGCUAGAUCAAGAUCUUUCUCGGUUGUAUCCAGAGCAUGGAAGUUACUUUCAAUCCUCUGGUUGUCAAGGGAUGCUUAGAAGGAUACUUCUCUUGUGGUGUUUGAAGCAUCCUGAGAUUGGUUAUAGACAAGGGAUGCAUGAACUAUUGGCUCCUUUGCUUUAUGUUCUUCAAGUGGAUGUGCAGUAUCUUACGGAUGUGAGAUCAAACUAUGAAGAUCAGUUCAUUGACUUGUUUGACGAAUUGGCGUUUCAAGAACGUGAUUCUGGAACAUAUGAUUUCGAUAUAAAAAAGGUUUUAGAUGAUUCCAUGGAAGAAGAAGAAGAAGAAGAAGAGGAUGGUGCAUCAUCUGGAAGCAUCAAUAAGAAGAAAAAACCAAAGAGUUUUGAUGAGCUUGACAAUGAGACGCAAACUGCAGUGUUGCUAAGUGAUGCAUAUGGAGCGGAAGGCGAAUUAGGUAUCGUUCUCUCUGAGAAGUUCAUGGAACACGACGCUUACACAAUGUUUGAUGCUCUUAUGUACGGUGGAUCAUCCCUCGGUUCAGUUUCUGUAGCAAAUUUCUUCGUGUAUUCUGCUCCAAAUGACUCUGUCACGGGACUGCCUCCUGUGAUCGAAGCUUCUGGUGCGUUGUAUCAUUUACUGUCUCUAGUUGAUGCUUCUCUUCAUAGCCAUCUCGUUGAGCUUGGUGUUGAACCACAGUACUUUGCUUUACGUUGGCUACGGGUUUUGUUUGGGAGAGAGUUUCCUUUGUAUAAUCUAUUGAUUCUGUGGGAUGAGAUAUUUUCUGCUGACAAUUCUGAGGUGGAGAGAGGUGUUGUUGAGGCUGAUUUAGGGUUUGAAUUCAGGAUCCUUAGCUCUCCAAGAGGAGCUCUAGUUGCAGGAAUGGCGGUUUCGAUGAUACUUUAUCUUAGAUCAUCGCUGCUGGCAACCGAAAACGCAACUUCUUCUCUCAAGAGGUUACUGAAUUUUCCAGAGGACAUUGAUCUGAGUAAAGUGAUCGAAAAGGCUAAGACUUUGCAGGGUCUUGCUUUGGAAAUCAAUGCUCGUCGUGAUUUAAUUCCUAAAGGGUCGAGAAAACAGAUGAGAGGUCACAGCUUAUCGGUUGAUUCGAUCUCACUUGGUUCUUCUUCUCCUGUGGGAAUAGUACCUGAGAGCUACUGGGAAGAGAAGUGGAGAGUUUUGAACAGCGCAGAAGAAGAAGAAAGGAAGCAAAAAGCGUUGUUGCAGAGACCAAAAGCUGGGAAGAAGAGUUGGUCGGAGAGAGUAAAGCAAAGGCUUUCAAGAACAGAAUCUGAUCCUUCACCUGCUGAAGCUAACCAAAGUGGAAACAAGCCGCCUAUUAGACGAAGUUUGCUCGAUGAUUUAUCUCGACAACUCGGUGAAAAAGAGGUUGACACUCCCGAGUUACCAAACCUGGAUACUGAUAUCGAACGCUCAUCUACAGUAUCUGAUUCACUCAGCUUGGACUAUGAGGAGAACAGUUCUGAUAGAGGCAGAAGCGAGAACCACACGGAGUUGCCUCUUACGGUUCCUGAGAACGAGUCAGAGACUACAUCAGGGAUGAGUAUCUUUAAAGAGAGAAAUACUUUUUCAGGUCAAUUCCAGAGGCUAUGGAGAUUAGGUAGAAACUUGUCAGGUGAGGAGACCUCUGAGACGAAAGAAGCUACACCGAUAGAUUCUGAAGAUGGAAAGACAGAUUCAGAUUCAACUGCAGGUAAUGGAGAUGCGUUAAAGAGUACAGGACGGUCCAUGCUUGAACAUAUUAAGGUAAUAGAGUCAGUGUUGGAGCUAAGUUCACCGGAGAAUAUGACUGAUAACGGAAGACUAACAGUUGAAGAAGCUCUUAGAGAACUUCGAAGACUUGGAAAUAUGUUGUUGUCGGAAAUGUAAAGUUUUAUUUUCAGAAUCCUGGCUUUACAUUAUUGUAAAAAUUCAUUUGUCUCUACGUGUGUAUGCGUAUGUGUGUGAGAGAGAGAGUGUGUGUAAUUGUAAUUGUAAUUGUAAUUGUAAUGUGUAUAUCAGAAAUUUUGAUGAGGGUUUUGUUUUA